AUGGAUUGCUUGAUCAACCCAGUUGCAGAAAAGGUAGUAGAAUGCUUGAUCCAGCCAGUUGGGCGAGGGAUUGGGUAUUUCUACUACUACAAGAGCAACAUCAAAUCUAUGGAAAGUGAAUCUGAUAAACUGAAGACUACCAGAAUCACGGUGGAGCGAAGAGCCAAAGUUGCCCAUAGAAACUCACUAGACAUUUCACCCAAUGGCAAGGUUUGGUUACACAGUGUUACUACCAUUAUUGCACAAGUGGACGGUGUAAUGGGAGGUACUGCUGAGGUUGAAAAGGGUUGCUUUUAUGGUUGGUGUCCAAACUUGAAGUCACGUUACUCCCUCAGCAGGAGAGCUACGAAAAUUACAGUUGAGUUAACUAAACUUCAAACUGAAGGCAUCAAUCCAAAUGCUUUCUCCUAUGAUCAUCCAGUCCAAAAAGGGGCUAUAUCUAGAAACAAUGGUGAAGAGUACUUGGACUCCAAAAUAUUGAAAGAUGUCAUGGCAUCUUUGAAAGAUGACGGGUUCACUAUUAUUGGGAUAUGUGGUAUGGCUGGUGUUGGUAAAACCACACUGGCUAACAAAAUCAGACAAAAGGCAAAACAAGAACGGUUGUUCAAUGAUGUUGUCAUGGUAAUUGUCAGUCAACAACCAGACCCUAAAAGAAUUCAGAGUGAGAUUGCAAUAGGAGUCGGGCUGACAUUAAAAGGGGAUGAUUUGUCGAGUCGUGGAGAUCAGCUGCGUACAAGGUUAAUGGAUGAGAACAGCCACACCCUUGUAAUCUUGGAUGAUGUUUGGGAAGCUCUUCAUGAUCUAGACAAGCUUGGAAUUCCCAGCGGUAACAACCACAUCUACCAGUGCAAAGAGAUAUUGACGACGCGUCUCCGACCUGUUUGUGAUACAAUGGGAGCUCAGGAGAUCAUCGAAGUUGGAAUGUUAUCAGAAGAGGAAGCAUGGUGCCUUUUCAAGCAGAAAGCUGGUGAUUCAGUUGAUGUUCCUUCUAUUCAUGACACAGCAAAAGAGGUUGCCAAAGAAUGCAAGGGGUUGCCGCUUGCAAUUAUUAUGGUUGCUGGUGCGCUAAAGAAUAAAAGCAAGCCUUCAUGGGAGGAUGCCCUUGUACAAUUACAAAGAUCAGCACCAAUAAAUAUCCCAGGAGUAAUUCAAAAUGUGUAUCAAUCUCUUAAGCUUAGCUAUGAUUACUUGGGAAGUAAUGAACUCAGGUCCCUGUUUUUGCUUUGUUCCUUGUUCGAGAAAGAUAGUAAUAUCUUGACUGAACAAUUACUUAGAUAUGGAAUGGGGCUUGACAUCUUUUCAGAAAUUAAAAACUUGGAAGAAGCGAGGAAGCGGGUGUGUUAUCUGUUAGAAACAUUGAAAGAUUGUUUCUUGUUAUCGCAAGGUUCAGACAAAAAUCAUGUCAAAAUGCAUGAUGUGGUCCGUGACCUGGCUAUAAGUAUUGCUUCUGUCGGAGAGCACAACUUUAUGGUAAGUCACCAUGUUAACUCUGAAGAGUUCCCAAGAAAAGACUCUUACGAGCAUUUCAGUCACAUGUCGAUUGUUGCAAAUAAAUUUGAUGAGCUUCCUAGCCCAAUAGUUUGCCCAAAACUGAAGCUCCUAAUGUUAAAACUCUGUUUUGGAAAGCCAUUCAAAUUACAGGACCAUUUUUUUGAUGGAAUGAGUAACCUCAAUGUCAUAAGCCUGAGUGGAUAUGAUGAGGGCUCCAUUCUGCCUUUUCCAGCAUCCAUUAGGAGUUUGUCAAAUCUGAGGACACUGUGUCUUAGUAAUUUAAGGUUGGAUGACAUAUCCAUCAUUGGGCUUGUCACUUUGAAAAUUCUCAGCAUAAGAGAUUGUCGGUCAGAUGAGCUGCCAGCGGAGAUAGGAAAAUUGACCAAGCUGAUUAUGUUAGAGUUUUGGAAUGAGAAAACAGCACUUAAAAGGAUUUCAGCAGGGAUCUUAUCGAACUUGACUGCACUGACAUUAAAUAAAUGUUCUGGAGAUGUGAUGUACAGUAACUUGGGCCUUCCCUCCAAGUUGACACAGUACGCUCUUACAGUGGGUGGAGCAACUUCAAGGAUGGAUGAUUACGAUUACGACAAGAAUAUUGCUUUAGAGGUCACGGAGACCAGCCCAUUGGGUGAUUGGAUCUGCCACCUGUUGAAGAAGAGCGAAGUUGUACAAUCAAGUGGAAAGGGCUCUAAUAAUGUGUUGACUGAGUUGCAGCAGAAUAAAUUUCAGAAUAUUAAAGUUCUCGGCCUUUAUGAAUGUGAUUCAGUGACACAUUUAUUGAAGAGGACACAUGAAGUAAUCAAGAUCCCCAAUUUACAUGAGUUGCACCUUCGAACUCUGCAUUGCCUCACUCACUUUUGUAGUGGAAAUGUUGAGGGGAUUGAGUUCCCUCUGUUACGGAGAUUGCGCUUUGAUGACUUACCUGCGUUCCAAAAUUUGCAGCCUACAGCCAACAACUCCAUCACGGACUCAAAUCCUCUUUUUGAUAAAAAGGUUUCUUGUCCCAACCUGGAAUAUAUACAUAUUAAUGGGGCUAACAGCAUGAGUGCCCUAUGCUCUCACCAACUUCCAACUGACUACUUCAACAAACUUCAAACAUUGUUUGUAUCAGAUUGUGGAAAAUUGAAAAACUUGAUGUCUCCAUUAGUGGCCCGAGGUGCACCGAAUCUCCAAAUACUAAGGAUUAGAAACUGUCAAUCAAUGAAAGCAGUGAUCACAAGAGAGGAACAACAAAGAGAAGCAAUCAUGACCAAUGUGCCCUUAUUUCCACUGUUGGAAAGGCUGGAGCUUUAUAGUCUGCCUAAGCUGGGGCAUUUCUUUCUGACAGAGCAUGCUCUUAAAUUUUCAUCGCUCAGGGAAGUGUUGAUUGAUGAGUGCCCUGAAAUGAAGACGUUUGUCCAACAGGGAAUAUCUGUGAGUACACCGAGUCUUAACAGGGUGAAUUAUGAUGAUAAGGUGAAAGUAGAUGAUCUGAAUAAAUGGACACAAGAGAGGUUCAAUUACAAGGUUUGUCUUGCGUCACUAAUUGUAUAA